GUGGAUUUAACCAUGCUAUCAGAAGAGUCGUCCCUUGUUCGUUUUGGUUAUACAGCCUUAAUGGACCAGCGGUGUAAAAGUGCUGAACAAGCCUUUUCACAAUUGUUGAGCAUUCUAAAUCAUUCAGAAUUAAAGCAACCGAAUUUUCGUAUUAAUUAUGUUGUAAUCAUCUACGGACAUGCCACUGCUCUCCUUGGAAUAGGACUACCUGAGGCAUUGACAAAGGCUGAAAAGGAGUUUAGGAAAAUAAUUGAAGAGUACCCAGAAGAAAGACUUGGUUGUUUAGCAUACUAUGGAAUUGGAAAAGUAUACCUCAGACAAAACAGGUUUUCAGAUGCACUUAGUCAGUUCAUGAAAUCACAAACAAUGAUUAAUCGUGAGAUUGUACCUGGAGUGUUAACUUGGCCUACAACAUCUCAGGUCAUUGAAGAGACACGAACAGAGAAUUUACAGUUGAUUUUAAAGAACUGUAUUGAGGAAUGCAAGUUCCCUCCAGAACCAGAUGCAAUUUGUCGCUAUCAUCAAUGUCAUGGCCACUCCAAAAUCCAAAUAUAUUUUACGGAUCCAGACUUCAAGGGUUUUCUACGUAUUACUUGCUGUCAGCAAUGUAGAGUGGAGUUUCAUAUCAACUGUUGGAAAAAGUUGAAAACAGCAAACUACAGUGAUAAAAAUGAUAAAGAUUUUCUUCAAGAACUGUGUUUCACUCCUGAUUGUACAGGCCUUAUUUCAAAAAUAGUUAUUUUCAAUUCUUCUGGUCUGGUAAAAUGUGAAUUUGAACAAAAAAUCACAAAACCCAAGGAACCAUCAAGACCCAUUAUUAAACAGAAAAGUUCAAGUGUUAGGAAGUUAAAAAUGAAACAAGAAAAAAAAUUACGAAGGAAGCAUGCACGAGAAGAAGCACGGAAUUGUGCUAAAAAGAAAACAGAAGAAAACCGGAUGGGAAAUGAGCCAUCUCGGCACAGUGAUCACAGUGGUUAUGUUCAGGAUUUAUACGCUGGUGAUAGAGUCCUGCAGCAUAUCAGUCGAAACGCUGAGCGAAUAAAAACAGCUGUUCACGAUGCUUCCAAACUAUUAAAAGAAUUACUUUCGUGGUUUGUAAUCCGUGAGGAAGAUUACGUGUCAUAUUCCAAGCCUAGCUGCACAUCACAUGAAGUGAUGGAGCAGCUCAUCAGUUACUUAAAUCAGGAAAAAAACAGAGUGAAAACAAGGAGUUUUAUCCACGUGCUGAGUGAGCUGGAGGAAGUGGAUCCCAAAUUACACAAGUGGCUGAAACAUCUUAACAACUUGGGUCUGACAGCUACCAAGAACUUUCUCCUUCAAUAUGGACAAUUUUUAAAAGAACUUGACCUUUCUAUUUUAACCACACUCUGGAAUGAGAAGUAUGGUAGUAAGUUUGAUUAUGUGACAACUAGUUUUGAAGACAAAGAAAUUCGUGAUUAUUUCUUAAAACCACCCCUAGAGAAAACCCGUUGUUUUAUAUGGCUGUUAGAAGACAACAGAGAAAAUUUUCCAUUUCUUCAUCAAGCUUUAGAUGAAUUCUUCGAUAAAAUGGAUGACCCUACUAUUAUAUUAAAGAAGAAGGGAAAUGAAAAUAUAUCGACUGAUGGUAUUAAAGUUAAAAAUAAAAACAGGAAGAAAAAUGCAAAAGACUCAAAGUCCGUUUUAGUAUUAUCCAGUGGAGUUAGUACAGCACCACGAGAAGAAGAUAAGUUAUUUACAGAAGAAGAUACUUUAGAUUUUACAAAUUCUUAUGAACCAUUUGUAAUCCCAGAAUAUCUUAGAGGACAACUAGAGGAAUUUGAAGCUCUCCGUGACAUUUCAGAUAAUAAUAGUUAUCAAAGAUUUUUGGAUAAUAACCUAGAUCAAACCUGUGAAAGCUUAUAUGAAUAUUUCUCGCAGAUCUUAGAAGAACACGGUCCUAUGGAAAUUAAUAAUAAAUUACUAGUUGGGGAAUAUGAACAUUUCCCUGAAGAAGCUCAACAGAUUGUAGAAAACGAAGGUGGUCUGAAAUCCUUUCUUCUGAAGUCCCUUCGUUUCAGUAUGGUGGAUAAUCUUAUUAGUUUAAGAGAGCACGCAGUUAUUAUUAAAGAAAAUACAAAGAGUAAUGAAACUGGAUAUAAUAAAGAAGAAAAUUAUAUAGCCUGUGAUGUGCAAGAACAUUCUUUUCAGAAAAAGCUGCAGUUAAAUCCAGCUGCUAAGGAAUUCAAACCGCUGUCUUAUCCUAAGGAACCCUAUAUAUCGACAUCUCCUGACUUAACAGUAGCACAUUAUGAGGGUUCACAAUAUUUGCCCUGGUCUUUUUCUCCUUCGUGUAAAUCAGUGCAUUCUUUGCAUGGUCAGAGUAUUGAUGCCGUAGGAAAUGAGUCGUCGUUUUCAGGUGUUUUACUGAAGUCCUUUGAUUCUGAAAAUCCUGGUUUAUUUUUGCCUCAGCCUUCCUGGGUUUGUCAAUAUGAAAGUGUAUCGCCAGUGCCUUCUCAACUGCAUCUCCUGUCAAACGUCGCUGAGCAACCUCAUUAUAUUUGUGCUGAUUAUGUAGCUCAUCAGGAUAAGGACGAAUCAGCAAUUUCAGACAGAAAAUACGCCUUCAGCAGUUUGAUACCAACUGAAAGACAAACGGAUGAAGACCCUCAACACAAACUGGAAAACUUGAAUAAUACAUCUUAUGAAGAUAAUUUUGCUGUUGCAAAUAGUAAAAAUAAUGCUGAAAGUGGUAUACAGGUUAUUAAGACUGAAAAGGAAAUCAGAGGUGUACCUCUAAUGAAGAGCAAUCCUCAUACAAGGAUGGUAGCUGUUCAGGUAAAUCGUGAAGUAGCUGAUAGGGAAACUAACACUUUGCCUUUUCAUCCAUUUGAAAUGCAACAAGGAGAUCUUCUACGCAUGGAAAAAGAACAUCAGGUAUUAAAGGAACAACUUACAGAAGCACAGGAAAAAUACGAGCAGUUACAAAGCCGAAGCUCUGAGGAAGUCGGUGCUUUAACAGAGCUCCUAAAGAAAAGUGUUGAAGAGACUGAGGUAUCAAAAAAUGAACUGGAAUGGUUUCAUCAAGACUUAGAAAUGCAAGUGAAAAAAUGGCAACAGGAGAAGAAAGAAAAUAAAGAGAACUUAAAAGCACUAAGGAACACAGCUAAAAAGCAUACAGAUGCCAAUGAUAGGUAUUUGAAGACCAUCGAUGAGAAGGAAAAGCAGUAUAAUGUCUGUUUAAAUACGUAUCUCGAGACAAGUAAUAAACUUGCUAAUGAGAAAGGAAAAUUGGAAGAGCGUAUAAAGAAGAGUCAAGAUAAUUACCAAGAGUGUGUGAAAAGAGCUAUUAAAGCAGAGAUAUCGGCACUCAAAAACUGGAAGGAAACAGAAGUCUGCAGGCUAAAUGGUGCAGUUGCCAAUGCAGAAGCAAAUCUCAAGAUGCUGAAGUUGCUGAGCAGCAGCUCAGUUUCAGCAGCACCUAAGUUGAAGCCAGAGAUUGAUUCCUGGGAAAUGUUUAUUUCCGAUGUAAAGAAACAACUGGAAAAAGUAGAGGCUGAGUAUGAAGAAAAAAUUCAGAUGGUGAAAAAUGGUGUACGGAACUGCCUUGUUAAAAUGGAAACUGUGGAUCUUCCUUCUCCUCCCAGCAUCUUAGUAAAACAGGGUAGACCUCCCAUCAGUGAUCCAGCUGUUGUCAUGUAUUCCUCAGCAUCCACGCAGCCUAGUUUACUUCCGGCGUUUUCAAGUUCUAAAGAUCAAGGUCCGGCACAUCCUUCAUUUAAUACCCACACUGGAGUUAAACCAGCACAUGCAACUUCUAAGGCUUCUUCUGCAAGUGGUGGAUCAGUGAAAACACACUCCAAACCUCUGGAAGGAUUGUAUUCUGAUAAAGUUUCGGCAACUUGCCCGUCAGGGAUUCCUGGAAGUAAUGCUCAGAAUGUCCGGCCAAACCAGAACCACCAAGGUGACUCAGCUACGCAGCUGAGGCCUUCUGGACUUCCAAACAACAAAAAGGUUUCAAAAGUUUUUGAAAAUAUUAUCACACGUCUACAGACUAUAUUCCCAAACUAUAGCAGUUCAGACAUUGCCAGCUUUAUAGAAGAUGCUCAAAGAAGGAACGGGAAUACCUUGUCAGGUUUGAGCUUCAAUGAAAUUCUAAGCAGAGUGAUGGAACUCAUUCUGGACCAGCAAGCUAAGGCACCGACGUCAGCAGGGAGACCUGUGAAGUCAGCUUCCUCGGCUGCACCAGCAGCGAGUGGAACUCGGAAUCGGGAAGUACCUGCAGAAGGAAGUGUACCCAGCCUACACAUGGCAAGACCUGCACAUAAAACCACCCUGAGUAAAAAUCCAUCUCAGCCACGGCUCCAGUCCUGGGGAAACGUCGGAGCAACACCUAAACCUAAAUGGAAAAAACUAGACUCUGCAGCCUCCAGUGAUGAUCCUUGUGCAAUAUGCCAUGAUGAGCUAAGUGAAGACUCAUGUGAACUAGAGUGCGGGCACUGUUUUCACAGAGAAUGCAUUAGAACAUGGCUUAAGCAACACUCAAGUACCUGCCCCAUCUGCCGCGGCCAUGCUCUGUUACCUGAAGACUUCCCUGAGCUUCCUGCACGGAACAGAUACGCCUAA